AUGGGUUCAUGCACCUCAUGCUGUCGCAGAGAAGGCACAAAUAAGCGAAUUUCACAAACCAAGGAAGAUACCACGCAAGUUGAGGAUGAAAAAGUUUCGGUUGAAAAAGUUGCUGAGGAGCAGGCCGCCGUAUCGGACGAAAAACCUAGACAGAAACCGUCGGCAGAAAAGAAUAUCUCAGUCUCGAAAGAGUGGCCGACCAAAUCAGAAGAAGGGAAGAAAUUGAGUAAAGAAUCUGAUCGGAGGCCGCCAUCAAUAGAAAAAGCCCCCAGUAGUAAUGAGCAGUUGUCGAAACAAUCUGCCAUGGAGAACAAAAAUGCGGUUGAUGGGGAUCAAAAGAUUGGAAAAGAUGGAAAAAUCAAAUCUCGUGAAAAGGGGGAUGCAAAGAAACAAGAUGAUAAUUCAGAAUCCGAUGUUGUUGAUUACUGGCUGACGGCCGCGGAAAGGAAGAAGGCGAAAUCAAAAGAACUCCCUGUAGACAAGACCACUGAUCUUGUGCUAUCCGUCGUUCAACCACCUCAGGUCGAUUAUGCAGCCUUACCGCCACACAUCCAAGCCAGCUUGCAUAAGAAGGAAGUCUCUUCGAGUAAACCGCCGCAGGCCGCUCCUGUUUGGAUAAGAAAAGAGUCUUCCGAUACAAUCAGGCAGCCGGAAUCGUAUGGUGUUGCAGAUCGACCGAUUCAAAGUGCACCCAGCGCAAGAAAACCGUACACUUCAUGGACAGGAAAAGAAACUUCUGAUAAAAUCAGGGAGCCAGAAGCGUACGGCGUUGCAGAUCGACCAACUCAAACCGGGCCAAGCGUAAGAAAACCAUUUGCUCCGCAAGCUUACGGCGUAGCUGACCGUCCAGUACAACAAAAUUCGGUGGUGAACAGACCCGAGCAUGUGCCGGAAGCAUAUGGGGUCGCCGAUAGACCCGUUUUAGCGAAGCCGCAAGCACAACCACCGAGAGCACAAGGAGUCGUUGAUCGUCCAAGUGUUGUAGGAAAGUAUGCUGUUUCACGGCAGAAACCAAUGGCUGGCUAUUAUCAAACGUCAGCCAGUGAGGCAGCGAACGUUCCCAGUGCACAGCUAAAGCCAGAAAACCUUCAGUAA